AUGGACUUGGGCACUACUAAUCAAUGCUGGGACCUCAGGGAUGCCGUGGAGAAAUUUGUUAGGGAUGGAAAGUUGCGUCAAUAUGUUAUCAAGAUGCAGGGAUGGAAAGUUGCGUCAAUAUGUUAUCAAGAUGCAGGGAUGGAAAAUGGAGCUCUUGGCGGAGGUGAAGAUACUGUAAGUUCGAGAAGAAAAUAUCUCAGAGAAGUACUUUCAGUCAGAGAUCGACCAAAGUUUAAGGAAGAUCCUAGUAAACAGGAUCCUCCUCUACUUUAUUUCACUAAAGAAGAUAUGCAAGGUGUGCUACUAGGACAUGAAGAUGGUCUGGUUAUUACAGGAACCCUGGUUAAUUGUCUGGUUAAAAAGAUCUUCAUAGAUGCUGGUAGCUGUGUAGAUAUCAUCCUUUGGAAUGCUUUCAAAAGAAUGAAUCUGGAUGCAGAAGAUCUCAAGCCUUGUAAGACUACCCUAAUAGCCUUUAAUGGAAAACAUACACCCCCUAAAGGCUACAUAGAUCUCAGAUUGACUCUGGGAACAAAAGAAGCAUUCAAAUCUGAACGAGUAAGAUUCAUUGUUUCUAACUUCCCAUCUCCAUACAAUGUUAUUCUAGGUAGGCCAAUCCUGCAUAAGUGGGAUAUGUUGGUCUCAACAAAACAUCAGAAGCUGAAGAUGAUAAGUAACAAGAAUGAAGUCAUCACCAUUCAGGGAGAUCAAAAAGAAUCACGAUAG